AUGGGAAUCGCUUACAACGUGAUAUGUGCUGCGUUUUGCGCACUCGCCUACCACCGGCUCUUGCGGUUGGUCGUGUCAAGUUGUCCGUUGAGUUUCACAUACGGCGAAGCCACUGUCACCACACAGGGCGCACUACUGUUCGCCGUCGCUUCCGGCACCAAUAUAUUAGCGCCAUACCGGCAGCAAACGUGCUUUGACGUCUUCACGCUUAUACUACAGUUUGGAAUCGUCGGCAUUUCGGCGUUCGCCCUGAUCGUGUACAACGUGGAAACGUUGCGCUCGUCGCCUGAACGGUUUUACCUGACAUUUGUCAUAGUUGUGUCUGCUACGAUAGUGUUGCCACUGCAUAUCGUCCUAAACGGUAGUCCUAUAUUGAAAAUCUUGCAUUGGACGAUACUGCUAUUGUAUUGGGCUGGCUGUACAGUGUUCGCCAUUAUUUUCGUGUGCAUACAAAUAAUGAGCGACGCUAAAGCAUCAACGUCGAUUAGGAAGAACUUCCAUCUGAUUGCUUGCCUUGUGUACGCUCCGGGUCUUGUUCGUGAUCCUUGCCUGUUGUACUUGGCCAGUGGCGUGGUUUUUGCCGGUUUCAUAUUUAUAGAGACUAUGCGUAUCUCCCACAUGCCACCACUCGGCAAGGUUCUACAGGAAGGUUUUCGUGUAUACUCAGAUGAAAAAGACGAAGGACCUGUGGCGUUUACUCCGAUCUACUUGCUCGUUGGAUGCUCUCUGCCCCUUUGGAUUCACCCUCGACCUGACUCCAGGAGUCUGUUGCCUCUACUGGCUGGUGUUUUGUCUAUAGGCAUUGGAGAUACGGCCGCUAGUUUGGUAGGUUCCCGGAUAGGACGUCAUAAAUGGAAAGGUUUAAUAUGCGAUAUUAAUCUGAUUAAACCACUAGUUGGAGUUGGUUUUGUUACUUUCGUCGAAGCAAAAACUGAACAGGUUGAUAAUUUAGCAUUGCCUCUUUUGUUGUACACACUUCUUAUGCACUGUUAA